UGCCGACGUGUGGGCCGGGAGAGCGCACGCUGGGACAUGCUGACCACAGGCUUCCCGGCCGCCGAGCCCCACUAGGCCCCACGGACACCGUGGCUCUGGCUGCGCCUCAACAUGAGCAGCCCACAGCCGGCCGCCCGAGGAGGACUGUCCGAGGUGGAGAUCAUCUCCCAGCAAGGGGACGAGGAGACCAAGAGCAUCGCUGCGGGGCAGCUGGCCAGCUUUGCGUAUCGGGACUUGCCCCUGGCCCCCGUCGACCUCUCCGCGGCGGGCUCGCAGCUCCUGUCAAAUCUGGACGAAGAUUACCAAAGAGAAGGGUCCACCUGGCUGAGGCCGUGCUGCGGGAAGAGAGCGGCCGUGUGGCAGGUAUUUUUGCUCAGUGCCAGUCUCAACAGUGUCCUGGUAGCCUGUGUAAUAUUGGUGGUGACUCUCCUGACCCUGGAACUGCUAAUAGAUAUAAAGCUCCUCCAGUGUGAGUACUGUUGGUCCCGGUUCCGGGUGUUUGACGGGGCCGUGAUCGUCCUGUCCUUGGCCCCGAUGGUGGCGUCCACUGUGGCCAACGGGCCCCGGAGCCCCUGGGACGCCAUCAGCCUCAUCAUCCUGCUCCGCAUCUGGCGGGUGAAGAGGGUCAUCGACGCUUACGUCCUGCCCGUGAAGGUGGAGCUGGAGCUGGUCAUCCAGCAAUACGAGAAGGCCAAGGUCAUCCAGGACGAGCAGCUGGAGAGGCUGACGCAGAUCUGCCAGGAGCAGGGGGUAACCGUGGGCACAGGGGUCUGUUCGGAGCAGGUGAUCAUCGUGACCCCACGCUACAGGCAUCUCGGGGGGAGGCAGGGAGCCGGGGCGCCUGCGCCAGCCUCGCGCCUGGUUGUGGACGCCCGGGGCCCCGAGACCAUGCUGAUGGCAGAUGGCUCGCUGGGCCUCGGCCCUGAGGCCGCAGCGCCCUCCGUGGGCCAGAAGCAGCAGGAAAGGGCUCUGCCUGGACUCGGGGAGCGCCUGGCGCUGGCUCCUUCCAGGGAGCCCCCCACUCGGCACAACAGCCUUCGCUGCCUGGAUUGUUCAGGGUCUCCGCUGUGGGAUGUCAAGCUGUCCUCCCUGUGGGAGGACCCCUGCCCAUCCCAGGGGGCCUGGGACCCAGCCCCCUUUGCCCAGCCCAGCCCCGCGAGCUCCCCGCAGACCAGCCUCGAGCUGGCGCACAGGGUCAGUCUGCUCAACCGCAGGAACCAGGAGGGCUUCCCCGUCCUGCAGCUCAAGCCCGCCCUCCACUUCCAGGCCCCGACGCUGCACCCGUUCUCCUCGUUGGAAUCCAAAGAGCAGGCGCUGCACAGGGUCCCGGAAGCCUAGCGCCCCGCCGGGCUGGGGGUGACCCGCCGGGCUGGGGGUGACGGGCAGACCGCCUGGGCCCAGAGGCCACACGAGGGACCCAGGAGCCCACCUGGCCGCUCGGACACAUGCCUCAGACCUCACCGCCCAGCGCUGGUGCCGCCUCUGGCUGAUGAGGGGACGGUGGUGCUCGGCUGGGGUUUCAAACCAUUUGUACCAGAACCAGCCUGUGGCCCAGCCUCUGCGUCGCCUUCGCGCCCGGCCCCCCCGGGAGCAGCACUGUGAGCAGGGCCAGCCCCACCCACGCCCUCCCGUCCAGGCCCCUGGGUGGAGCCGUCUCAGAGACCACUGAGCCCACGUGGCUCCUCAUCCUCUCAUUUCCGCAUGAGCCUUUCUCAGUAUUUUUAAGACGAACCCUGGUUUCCACCCUCACAGGACGUAAGGGAUGAGUUUGGAGGUGGGUGGGCGUGUCCUGGGGAGGGACGCCAUUUUGCACACUCAGCUUUGUAAUAAAAGCAGCUGCAACGAG